AUUACAGGUGAUGUAGAGGUGUUUUGGGGCUUUUCUGUGAAAAUAAAAUCACCAAAGGUAAAUUUAAGUUGCUUUCUGUUGAUAUACUAGGUACCCUGUGUGAAUUUUACUCCUCAAACCAGUUUUUAACUCGUUUAAUCCAGGGUUAGUAAUUUACAAAAAAUAAAUGUUUGAGACAAAUGCUGUAAAAUAAAAGGAUAUAAAAUACGAAAUCAAUAGUGCAGUUUUUUGUUGUUGGGAAUGGCUUGACAGUGGUGAAAGUGUGGUUAUGUUUAGAAAAAAAGCAAGGCUUGCUGCAAAACAACGUUGGAGAAAAACAAACGAACAUUUUUCCGAAAAUACGUCUCGGGCUACGUUUACAAAAGAUUUCGGCUGUCAAGUAAAUAUUUGCUGUGCUAGCGCCAGCUUAGAAAGAGAAAUUCAAAGACAAAGAAACACAGACACAGAUUUAGUAACAGUAAAAAUACCGGAAGUCGACUCGGGAAUUCCUCAAAACAACGCCGGUUUCGCCCAAUCUUGCCAAUCUAAAUUUCACAGCCGGUUCGAUUUAGCUCAAAUAUUUGAGGACCUUGGUGUGGAGACUAAAUUAUCCCAAGAGGGAACAGAGCAGACCGCGGAGGGGUGCCACGAACGGGUCGAUAAUAUAUACGAACAGGCUGCUCAUCAAACGAAAAACCUCACCGACAACACUCUAAAAAUAACUCCCGAAAAUUAUGUCCUCACAAAUAAACAAACCCUCAACCUGAUAGCAAAUAAUGCCCUUCUGGUCAACACCGCCUCGCCACACACCGCUCACCGUGCAUUCAUCGUAACAACGUGUGCUUCGACUUCAACCGAGUCACCGGCUGUUCCCGUCAAGCCUGCAUCUACCCCAACGUUUGCCAAAAAUGCGCCGACUCCCAUCCCGCUCACCAGUGUCGCGCCGGAAUCUCCGCAUCCGCAGGCCAGCGCCAAGGCAACAGAAGCCAAGCUCCGGGUCGCCCAGCUGCACAGUAAAAGGAAGGCAACGAUAAGUACACCGAUUAAAAUAGAUCUUCUAGAACAGGAACUAUCUUCCCAUUCAGAUCGGGAAUUCGUAACUUCCCUACUUAAUUCGUUACGUUUCGGUGCCCACAUUGGUUUUGAUGGCACCCAAAAGUCUCGUGUUUCACCUAAUCUUAUUUCAGCUCGGGUGCACCCUGAGAUAAUUUCAAAAAACAUAGAAAAAGAGGUCAACUUAGGUCGUAUGGCAGACCCGUUCUCCGCGCCCCCAUUACCUAACUUUCAAUGCCACCCAAUUGGGGUAGUGCCCAAAAAACAUUCGGCCGACUGGCGCACUAUUUAUCAUUUAUCCUUCCCCGAGGGAGAUAGCAUUAACGAUGGAAUUCCUAAAGACCCUUACUCACUCCAGUACGUUAGAGUGGACGACGCUAUUAGCAUUCUCACCUUACUCGGCAAAGGUGCCUUUAUGGCAAAAACCGACCUCAAAUCGGCGUUUCGACUAAUUCCAAUACACCCGAACGACUGGAAUUUACUGGGGGUCCGUUGGGAGUCUCGUUAUUAUGUGGAUUUAUAUUUGCCUUUUGGUUUACGCUCGGCGCCGUUUUUAUUUAAUCAACUCUCCGAAGCGCUAGAGUGGAUUCUUAAACAUAAUUACAACGUUCGUAAUGUUAUUCACAUAUUGGAUGACUUCUUCGUAGCGGAGUCAUCUAAACUAGGUUGUUUAGAGAGUUUCACAAGACUGCUCAAAUUCUUUAUCUCAGUGGGGGCCCCUGCUGUGGCUUCCAAAACUAUCGGUCCUAGUACAACACUUGAAUUCAUGGGAAUCGAGCUCGAUACCCUACGUAUGGAGGCGCGCUUACCUUCAGAUAAAUUAGAACGUCUUAAAGCAUCCUUGCGGGAUUUCAAGCGAAAGCGUUCCGCUCGCCUCAUAGAGCUUCAAUCCUUAAUCGGCACUUUGCAAUUCGCCUGCCGCGUUGUUGUUCCGGGUAGAACUUUCCUUCAGCGCAUCAUAGAUCUCACGCGGCGGGUAAAUCACCGAUUCCAUCACGUCAAAUUGAGCCACGGUUUUUUUCAGGAUUUAGCAAUUUGGCAGCAGUUUACCCGGAACUGGAACGGCAAAGCUUUCUUCCUCGAAGAAGCAAUCCGUACCAGCCAGGAUAUGGAACUCUAUUCCGACGCUAGCGGUAGUAUCGGUUUCGGCGGUUACUUCUCUGGGCGCUGGUUCCAAGGCCGAUGGCCGCCUCACCUCGCCAUAUCCAAAAAGACAGGCAUUAGUAUCGAAUGGCAAGAAUUAUUUCCUAUAGUAGUAGCCUGCUCCCUAUGGCGCUCCGAGUUCUCGGGCAAGCAAAUUCAGUUCUGGCGUGACAAUCAAUCAGUCGUUCACAUUGUCAACACAGAUGGCACGAUUCAGAGAGCUCGCACCGGCCGCGGACCAGACCCUUUGUGUCAUCCCGCCUUCGCUAAUGACCCUCUAACGCGCGAGGUGAAACACUACGCUGAUAAGGCCCUGGCUAUCAACACCAAGCGCACUUAUCACGCAGGCGAGAAACAGUUCAUUGACUUCUGCCUCAUGAAUAGGCUUUUUGACAGCCACGGGGACAUUCUCCCAACUAGUGAGAGUACUCUUAUCUAUUUUGUUACCUUUCUCGCGCGUAGAGUAAAGCACGGUACUAUUCGCACAUACUUGGCGGCCGUUCGCAACAUGCACAUCGAAAACGGAUUCCAGGACCCUAUACAGGGUCGGCUAAUUUUAAACAAGGUUUUGCGGGGCAUUUUACGGGUGCAGGGUCAGCACAAAACAGCUCGUCAACCCGUAACUCCACAGCUCUUAAAAGCCAUUCGUCCGGUUUUGCUUAGCUGGCUGAGCGCACAUGAUUUCCAUAUGAUUUGGGCGGCAUUCACACUUGCCUUUUUCGUUUUUUUACGUUGUAGUGAGUUUACUUGCCCGGGCGUACGCAACUUUGACAUAGUUUAUAACUUAUCUCCAGUCGACAUAAAUUUCCACCCUAACCCUUCAGCACCGCUUUACAUGAAAGUCGCCAUUAAGGCAUCCAAAACCGACCCUUUCAGGCAAGGCACCGUUUUGACAACCGCACGCUCCGGUUGCGACCUAUGCGUCGUGUCCGCGAUGCAAGAGUUUGUUCGCAUCUGUGGGUACACAACAGGACCACUUUUUCGGUUUCGUUCCGGUAAAUACCUAACUCGGUCAUUGGUCUCUAGCAUUCUUAGAGACGCAGCACGCACUUGCGGCCUUCCUCAUAGCAGUUUAAAGGGGCACUCAUUUAGAAUUGGGGCGGCAAGCUGCGCUGCCGCUGCAGGCCUGCCCGACUGGCUUAUCAAAGUGCUUGGUCGUUGGUCCUCUGAUUGCUACCAGCUUUACGUACGUACACCACAAACAUUUCAUUAACUGCUGCACCAAAAAUGGCGAUAGUCCAGCCUGUCACUCUGACUUAAGCAUUGUUGUUAUUGCGCUUGGGGGGAUGCAUUCUGCAUCUUGUGGCGGUUAGUUCUGUCUGAAGACUUCCCCAAGCGGGGUUUGUUAGCUAUAUGGUGUGCUUGUGCGUUUGUGGACCAGCCAAUACUCUCGUUCGAUCCUUCACGCGGAGUGUAGGGGAAAUGAGUGAGGCCUAAAGGUCAUAUGCUUACACUACAGUUGCUACGUCACGCGCUAGUCGUCACGUCACGCUAACUCGCUUUCGAUCAGUCUGUCUCCCCCCAUAUUCUACCAUAGUCGUGCCUAGUGUAUUCAUUGCGUUGCAAAGCGGGCAUUUCCUUUUCACGCGUAAAGCGACAUUAAAACAUAUUUUCGACUAUGUUUAUUCGAAUUAUUUUUUUUUUCUGUAUCAAUGACGUCACGUGAUGACGUCAUGGUAUGACGUGUAUGACGUCAUCAAAAUAAUCAGAAUACUUUUGGUGGUCAACUUGGCAAACACCAGACCCUUGUGACUUUUUUCAAGGCUUUUAUGCUAUAUUUAAUUUUCCUUAGCAACAGAUGUCAGUACACCCUUAAAGGGACACUGCAUGCUAAAUGCAUGUACGGCUUCAUUCCAGCAUCUUGAACAUCAAAUACGAUUGCUGGAACUCGUUUUUUUUUUUGGCUUUGUUUUCGUAUUUUAGAAAUUCUCGCUCGAGUACCCAAAAAGCGACCAUUUUAAUGAAUUCCAACGGCGGCGCAGUUUUGAGCAGCGGUAUCCAUCGUUUCCAUGGUUUCUUUUGUGAUGUCACUGGUGGGGAUAAAUUAAAAUGUAUUAAGAAUUAGGCGUUCGAGCAGGCGCUCUGAACAUACCUUUCACGAAAACACCGACAAAAUAGGCUUUUGAGUCCCCAAAAAUUGAAUGCCCUAUAAUUAGGAUGUCUACAAUCGAGCGGUUAAUAUACUGUACUUGUUAAAUUCUCAAAAGAUAGAGAAAAUGGUGAGAAUCAUAGACAAAUGGCUCGUUGUUCCCGCUGACCAAGUGACCGUGUGCUGUGGGAACUACAUCGGUGUUGCUAUGAUACCGCCGCCAUUUUGGAAAAGAGUUCUAAACUAGACAAAUGUUCGAUCAGAACUGGUCAAUUUAAAAGUCAGUUUCCCGAUCGAAAAAGCACAUCAUUGAACAUUUCUUGAUCAAUUUUGUUCUUGGCCUACAUUAUUUAGCGUCUAGCCACGAUAAAAAAGAAUUUAGAUAACUGUUUGAAACAUAUUUCUGAGGUAAAUUGUGUUACAUGACACCCUAAUUUCUUUGUAACAAGCUUACUUAGCUUAUCGCUGGGCAAAGAUGGUUUAGAUCUUCAAUCGAAGAAAUUUACUUAUCAAGACAGGUGCACUUCCGUAUAAUGGCAAUUGAAAAACUGGUAAGUUACUGUAUACAGUAUUUAUAUUAGUGUAUUUUCGGUAUUGAUCUAGAUUGCUGUUGCGUCAAUUUGAAAUCUCCUUUUAUUCUGGAAAUACAAAUAACUUUCUUAAGUACUAAGUAUACAUUAUUAAAAUGGUGCAACGACAACAACGACAUUUUUAUUGUCUUUGAAUAAAGCAAAUAACUAUUUAGAAUAGCUGUAAGUUGUGUGCGAUGGACUAGAUUCGACGUUUGCUUGCUUUGAUAUGCACUCACUCCAUGCUUUGUAAAUAAAAAUGUUGUACUGUAUAGCUUAUCAUAUGUAAUUUUUUCAGAAAUGGCUAAGGAAAUAAAUGACUGCAAAAACCUAUAAACUUCACAUUAUACUCAGAAUCAUAUGUACCUAAGCUCAUUUGCAUAGGCAGGAUAUAACAACAGACACCAACAAAAAGUCUUUUGAUCUUCAUCUUUUCUUGUAUGUUGUGUAAGGUUCAUUAAAUGUUAAUGUGUGCUUAUUUGUUUUAGUGCCCAUCUUCUAGCAGCACCAUACAGGGAAUUUCAUCUGGUGGUCAGCUCAUGGCAAGAAGAGGUGUUUCUUCCACCUGUAGGGGGAUUUGUCCAAAAGUAGAAAAGUAGGAGUGUUUUGUCCACAAGUAAAUUUUUUUUUCAUCCACAUAUACUUUUUCCAAAAUCUUGCCACUCAGCUUAAGUUUAGCUUCCUGUGACAUGAGUUUCACACAUAACUUUUGCGUUCAUCCCUUAAAGCUACAAAUUUCAUAGUUAUUACUGUGCAAUUUCAGUUGUGCUUCACUAAGAUUAGUUACUUACAGCUCAAGCUGACAAUUAGCAUUUUAUAUCAAUUCUGAUCAAUCAAUACAAAACUUUUUCUAGAGGAAACAACAAUAUUCUGUUUUAUUAACAAGCAAAACCAGUUAUGCUUUAUCAGUAGAAAUAGAUUGAAAAUGGCAUAUAUUAUACAUAUCUAUAGAUAUAAUGCGUGAGUGCAGGCGUUCAUAUAACAGUGCUCAAUACAUAGGUGUAGAGCGGGAUAUAUCUUGGUUUGUAGGAAAAAAACACGCGAACUACCAUUUAAUCUCUCGAUGAAACGGUAGUUCGCGUGUUUUUUUCCUACAAACCAAGAUAUAUCUAUGGAUAUAUAUUUUUUUUAUAUUUAUAAAAACAUUGAUAUUUAUACAAAACUUCUGGAUAAACUUCCAUCUAGAGUAAACCUGGAAAACUCUCCUGCUCUAACAAAGCAUCUUUGUCCAGAUUAUGGUGUGAUGUAAUAAACUAAAACCAUAUGUAGGUAACAAACUUUGUUAUUGUUGGCAGUGCAACUUCACACCCAUUACAAAUCUAACCUCUGCAGUAUGAAUAAAGUUGAAGAAAUCCAAGCAUUGUUGUGUUGUUGAUUUUAGUUUGUGUCUUGUGUUUGCAUUCUCCUUGAUUAUAGAGUCAAACAGUUUUCCAUCUUUAUUGAGUCAACAACAAUAAUUACUACUACAUUCAGAGACGAUACAAUACAGAAACAUACAAAACAGAGAAGUGAACUCAAAAGGGAACACUUUUGGGCUGCCAGAAAGCCAUAUGUAACAAAAAAUAAAAAAACACCUACUGCCCCCUUAACCACUGAACCAAACCCCCCUUUAGCGAAAAGCUAGAUCCACCCCUGGGAUCAACAAACUUAACUUAAAUAAAUUACAAAAUCAUUCUGUGACAUGCAUGGUAGGUCCACAAAAAAUAUGUCUAAUGUAGAUGUUCAAUGUCAAAUGUAGUGGUGAGGUAGUUUUGAAAUAAAAAGCUUAGAGAGUAGGAAAAGUGAUUGAAUCAGCUAGGUUACAUAUGUGAUUCUUUAGGUUAACUAUUCUAUUAAGUAAGGGUUAAAUACAAAGGAUGGAAGCAGUUCGCCAUAUAACACCUUAAGAACUGGCUUAUUACAUAAUCUGUACUAAGUAAAAUACUAUUUAAA